UUCAUUUGAGUGAAAAUGGCGUCCAGCACUUUAUCCAUAAGAAAAUCGUCGGCAUUGCCUAGGCGAGGAGGAGCUAAAAUGGUGGUUUUGAAUUCUCUGCAUAUUCCUCCGUCUCCCUCUGCCUCUUCACCUUCGAUUGCCACUUCUUUCUCAAACUGUUCAAACGCAAGCCUACAUCUCACAAGGCGAGGAGCUCUAAUUUCUUGCUCAACUGCAUUAGUAGCUUCUUUCCUCAACUUCUGCGAUCCCAUUUUAACACCGCCUUCAUAUUUCUCUGCGCUGGCCGUUCAACACGUUCAACAGGAAGAUGAGCUUGAGCAAGAAGAAGAUAGAGUUGUUCGCCUCUUUCUGGAAACUUCAUUAUCUGUUGUUUCUAUUAAAGACCUUGAGUUAUCCAAAAACGCAAAGAGUUCUCUCAAUGAAGUCGUGCUUACUGAGGAUGAAAAUGCAAAAGUUGAAGGGACAGGUUCGGGCUUCAUUUGGGAUAACUUUGGUCACAUAGUAACUAAUUACCACGUUGUGGAAAAAUUGGCGACAGAUAAAAGCGGAUUGCAGCUUUGUAAGGUGUCUGUAGUUGAUGCCGAGGGCAAAAGAUUCUACAGAGAAGGCAAGAUUAUUGGAUUUGAUCCAGCUUAUGAUCUAGCUGUUCUCAAGAUUGAUAUUGAAGGCCAUAAUUUGAAGCCUGCUAUUCUGGGUACAUCGAAUGAUUUACAUGUCGGUCAAAGCUGCUUUGCUAUUGGAAAUCCUUAUGGAUAUGAGAACACUCUAACAACUGGGGUGGUGAGUGGACUGGGCAGGGAGAUACCAUCACCAAAUGGAAAGGCAAUCCGAGGAGCCAUACAGACGGAUGCUGCUAUUAAUGCUGGGAAUUCAGGUGGUCCAUUAGUUGAUUCGCAUGGCCAUGUUAUUGGAGUCAACACAGCAACUUUCACUCGCAAAGGGACGGGAGUAUCUUCUGGUGUGAACUUUGCCAUAGCAAUUGACACUGUUGUGCGAACUGUACCUUAUCUUAUAGUGUAUGGAACACCCUACACUAAUAGGUUUUGAUCAUGCAUAUCUUCCUAACUUCGAUUGUUUCUGAUGGCUCCCAUGUUCGACUUCCCACCAUGUUCUGCUCAGGAGGUUAUUCAUUAUUAAAAUUGUAUAUGUAUUACCUGCAAUCAAAUAUAAAUAACAAAGUGUUUCAAGAACAAUGUAAUUAUUCCUUGUAUUGCCAUCAAUUUCAAUCUGAUGUUUAGUGAGAUUGCCAUCCGAUGA